AUGGUCAACCCCACCGUGUUCUUUGACAUUGCCGUCAAGGGUGAGCUCUUGGGCCGCGUCUCCUUCGAGCUGUUUGCAGACAAGUUUCCAAAGACAGCAGUAAACUUUCAUGCUCUGAGCACUGGAGAGAAAGGAUUUGGUUGUAAGGGUUCCUGCUUUCACAGAAAUAUUCUAGGGUGUAUGUGUCAGGGUGGUGACUUCACACGCCAUAAUGGCACUGAUGGCAAGUCCAUGUACGGGGAGAAAUGUGAUGAUGAGAACUUCGUGCUGAAGCACACAGGUCCCGGCAUCUUGUCCACGGCAAACGCUGGACCCAACACAAAGGGUUCCCAGUUUUUCAUGUGCACUGCCAAGACCGCGUGGCUGGAUGGCAAGCGUGUGGCCUUUGGCAAGGUGAAAGAAGGCAUGCAUAUUGUGGAGGCCAUGGAGCGCUUUGGGUCCAGGAAUGGCAAAGCCAGCAGGAAGAUCACCAUUGCUGACUGUGGACACCUUGAAUAA